AAGGUUUCAGACUUUCAGUUAUUCUUCUGGCCAAAGCUACAUCGAUUUGUUUAAAAGGUUGAAAAACCUGGAAAGCGACUUCCGUUUAAAAAAAACCGAGGCUUGUCAUUACGCUUUUCUUCUUCUUCUUCUUCUUCGUCAAAGCUUUCCGCCGCUCAGAGACAUUAAAACAAGGAAUUUGCCUGCAAUAAGAAUUCACAAUCACUUUAAUACACUAUUUUUCAGAGAAAAGAAAAAUGAAGUACGUGUUGGUUACUGGAGGAGUUGUAAGUGGACUCGGCAAGGGCGUCACCGCCAGCAGCAUAGGCGUCGUCCUUAAAGCCUGUGGCCUUCGUGUUACGUCCAUCAAAAUUGAUCCUUAUCUGAACACGGACGCUGGAACCAUGUCUCCUUUUGAACAUGGGGAGGUUUUUGUUCUUGAUGACGGUGGAGAGGUCGAUUUGGAUUUGGGUAAUUAUGAGCGCUUCCUAGAUGCUACUCUUACUAAAGAGAAUAACAUUACUACUGGAAAGAUAUAUCAGUCCGUCCUUGAGAAGGAACGAAGAGGUGAUUAUCUUGGAAAGACUGUUCAGGUUGUUCCACAUAUCACAGAUGCUAUUAAGGAUUGGAUUGAGUCAGUUGCUCUCAUUCCUGUGGAUGGAAAAGAGGGUCCUGCAGAUGUAUGUGUGAUAGAGUUGGGAGGCACUGUUGGUGACAUUGAAUCAAUGCCAUUCAUUGAGGCUUUGCGACAGUUGUCCUUUUCAGUUGGGCAAGAUAACUUCUGCCUCGUUCAUGUCAGCCUAAUACCUGUGCUGGGUGUUGUUGGAGAGCAAAAAACUAAGCCUACACAGCAUAGUGUCCGGGAACUUAGAGCAUUAGGCUUGACUCCUCAUCUGCUUGCGUGUCGCUCUGCUCAGCCUUUAUUGGAUAAUACAAAGGAGAAACUUUCACAAUUUUGUCACGUUGCGGCUGCCAACAUCCUAAAUAUUCAUGAUGUUCCCAAUAUUUGGCAUAUUCCUCUCUUACUUAGAAACCAAAAUGCUCAUCAUUCAAUUCUGAAACAGCUAGAUUUGCUCAGUAUUGCCACACCUCCAGAUUUAGAAGCUUGGACCAGGAGGGCAGAAACUUUUGAUAAUCUGACUGAUUCUGUGAGGAUUGCAAUGGUGGGAAAGUAUGUUGGUCUGACAGACUCAUAUCUGUCUGUUGUGAAGGCACUUUUACAUGCCUGCAUUGAAUGCUCUUUGCAGCCAUCGAUUGACUGGAUUGCAGCUUCAGACCUUGAAGAUGAUACUGCCCAAUCGACACCAGAAGCUCAUGCUGCUGCAUGGAAGACUUUAAGAAAUGCUGAAUGUAUCCUAGUUCCUGGUGGAUUUGGAGACCGUGGUGUGCAUGGAAUGAUAUUGGCUGCAAAAUAUGCCAGAGAGAAUAAUGUUCCGUAUCUUGGUAUUUGCUUGGGUAUGCAGAUCUCUGUCAUUGAGUAUGCCAGAUCUGUUCUUGGUUUAGAAAGGGCAAACAGUACAGAGUUUGAUGAGCAGACACCUAAUCCUGUCGUCAUUUUUUUACCGGAAGGCUCAAGAACACAUAUGGGAAGCACAAUGAGACGAGGAUCUCGAAGAACACUAUUUCAGACCCCUGAUUGUGUUACUUCUAAAUUGUACUGCAAUCCACAGUAUGUAGACGAACGGCACCGGCAUAGAUAUGAGGUAAACCCAGAUGUCAUUGGGGUUCUUGAAGAAGCUGGGUUGAAAUUCUUUGGGAAGGAUGAAACUGGGAAAAGGAUGGAGGUUCUGGAGCUUCCAGGUCAUCCCUUUUAUGUAGGAGUGCAGUUUCAUCCAGAAUUUAAAUCACGGCCAGGGAAGCCCUCGGCUCCAUUUUUAGGUCUUAUAUUAUCUGCUAGAGGACAAUUGGAAGCAUAUCUUACAAGGCAUCAAAAUGGAAUUUGAUUUACAAGUUAUGUGAUACAUCUGAAUCUGCUUUACAGGGUAAUCUUCUUUUUGAAAAUUAAAUAUGUUAAGACUUUCCUUAGGUAGGCUUAGUAACCUGCUUGGUUGAGGAUGUGAUUUGACCUUGAUAGUAUCUACACCGGCUACCUGUGGCAGGUUAUGUCAACUGGAUUUUCUAAUGUUGUGUGCAAAUGUUUCUUUUGACGUUAUAUAAUUACAUUAUUACGUAACUCACAUUGCACAAGGAAUGGAUUUAUAGGAAACUUGUCCAAUUGGUCUGGUGGCCCAACUGGUAUUAGGGACAGGUAUAUAUAUAUAUACACACACACACGCAACUUGACAUCCUUGUAUCUGAUGCACUGUUUGGCCACAGGCUUGUUCCCUUUGCUUGGUUUGUGUUGGCUAGUACAAUCAAAUACAAGUUUCAAUUAUUUUGCUUUGUUUUGUGAACUGACUCGUAGCUUCUUACUUGGAUGUAGGAGGAAAUUGAUAGAUUUGAGGUCUUAUGCUAUAGAUAAACGCAAACAGGUUCAAGUGGAUGAUCCUUGUUGCAAUUGAGUAUGAGGUGAGGCACAUAUUAUGGUCCUUGAGCUCUUACACAACACGCUCUUUCUUAUCUGCCUAUGAUAGUUGCUGCAUUUGAAUUGAUAUACACAGGUCAAAUUUUCUGAGUUUGUUCCAGAAAGUUGUAGCUAUGUAUGAAAGUUGUAACAUUCUUGACAGAUUUCCUUUUUAUUGUGCAAGUUUUUUAUUGGAUGGAACUCAUGGGGUUAGGGGGGUAGAAAGACAAAUGUUGGCCGAUAAUUUUCUUGGGUGGUUCUAAAUACAUCACAAAAUCUUCUCUAUA